GGGGUUACUGGAUCUCACCCAUGAUGUAUGCACAGAAUUCCAUUGCUGUGAAUGAAUUUCUUGGCAAGAGUUGGAGACAUAUUCCACCAAAUUCAACAGAGUCACUAGGAAUUUCGGUCUUGAAGUCUCGUGGAAUUUUUCCAGAGGCACGUUGGUACUGGAUUGGAGUUGGCACUUUGAUUGGAUACUGUUUCCUAUUCAAUUUCCUUUUCACCGUGGCUCUGAAGUAUCUUGAUCCAUUUGGGAAGCCUCAAGCUAUCAUAUCCAGAGAAACCUUGGCAGAGAAGCAGGCUGACAAGGCUGUGCAGUCCAUUGAGCUAUCAUCAAGAGGAAAAAGCUCUUCUGAACCGGAUAAAGAAAGCCAUAGAAGUGCAUCAUCCAGGACACUAUCUGCCAGAGUAGGCAGUAUCAACGAAGAAAAUCUGAACAGGAGAGGGAUGGUUCUCCCUUUUGAGCCCCUUUCAAUCACUUUUGAUGAAAUCAAAUACGCUGUAGACAUGCCACAGGAAAUGAAAGCUCAAGGUAUUCCUGAAGAUAGGCUGGAGCUUCUGAAAGGGGUCAGCGGUGCUUUCAGGCCUGGUGUCCUGACAGCUCUGAUGGGGGUUAGUGGUGCUGGAAAAACUACUUUGAUGGAUGUGUUGGCAGGAAGAAAAACUGGGGGUUACAUUGAAGGAACCAUCAAGAUAUCAGGAUACCCAAAGAAGCAAGAAACAUUUGCUCGUAUAUCAGGUUACUGUGAGCAAACAGAUAUCCAUUCCCCUCAUGUUACAGUCUAUGAGUCCUUGCUUUUCUCUGCCUGGCUCAGGCUUCCUCGUGAGGUUGAUUCUGCAACAAGAAAGAUGUUCAUAGAAGAAGUGAUGGAACUUGUGGAGUUGACCCCAUUGAGGGAAGCACUGGUCGGAUUACCAGGGGUGAAUGGUCUGUCUACAGAGCAGCGCAAGCGGCUAACAGUUGCAGUGGAGCUUGUUGCCAACCCUUCGAUAAUAUUCAUGGAUGAGCCAACUUCUGGCCUUGACGCCAGGGCAGCUGCCAUUGUAAUGAGAACAGUGAGGAACACGGUAGACACAGGACGAACUGUUGUUUGCACCAUCCACCAGCCAAGCAUUGAUAUAUUUGAUGCCUUUGAUGAGUUGCUUUUGCUGAAAAGGGGAGGUGAAGAAAUAUAUGUAGGUCCAUUAGGCCGGCAUUCUUGCCAUCUGAUAAAGUACUUCGAGGAAAUCAAUGGAAUUCCUAAGAUAAAAGAUGGCUACAACCCUGCAACAUGGAUGUUGGAGAUUACUUCAGCAGCCCAAGAAGCAGCUAUUGGUGUCAACUUCACUAAUAUAUACAAGAACUCAGAAUUAUAUAGGAGAAAUAAAGAGUUGAUCAAGGAACUAAGUUCUCCUUCACCAGGUUCCAAAGACCUAUAUUUCCCAACAAGAUACUCACAGUCUUUCUUCACCCAAUGUAUGGCUUGCUUGUGGAAACAGUACUGGUCUUACUGGCGAAAUCCCCCGUACACAGCCGUCAGAUUCUUAUUCACAACCUUUAUAGCUUUAAUGUUUGGGACAAUAUUCUGGAAUCUCGGUUCCAAAAGGACAAGGCAACAGGAUGUUUUGAAUGCAAUGGGUUCUAUGUAUGCUGCCGUUCUCUUCAUAGGGUUUCAGAACUCUGCAUCAGUGCAACCUGUUGUAGCGGUUGAAAGAACAGUUUUCUACAGAGAAAGAGCAGCUGGAAUGUACUCAGCCAUGCCUUACGCCUUUGGACAGGUAGUGAUUGAGCUGCCAUACAUUUUGAUCCAAACUGUCAUAUACGGAGUAAUAGUGUAUGCAAUGAUAGGAUUCGAGUGGACGGCUGCCAAGUUCUUCUGGUAUCUCUUCUUCAUGUACUUCACCUUGUUGUACUUCACUUUCUACGGAAUGAUGGCAGUAGCCGUCACUCCCAACCAUAACAUAUCUGCCAUUGUUUCAUCGGCCUUUGUCGCCAUCUGGAAUCUCUUCUCCGGCUUCCUCAUUCCACGAACGAGGAUCCCUGUAUGGUGGAUAUGGUACUACUGGAUCUGCCCAGUUGCCUGGACCCUGUACGGGUUGGUUGCUUCACAGUUUGGAGACAUACAGGAAAAGUUUGAGACAGGAGAAACCGUGGAGCACUUUGUAAGGACUUACUUCGAUUACAAAACAGACUUCCUGUGGGUAGUAGCAAUUGUGAUUGUUGGAUUUGCCGUGCUCUUUGGAUUCAUCUUCGGCUUCUCAAUCAAGGCAUUCAACUUCCAGAAGAGAUAAAAAAACCAAUCAAGCUCACUAAGAAAGAUGUUUUGUGCAUAAUUUUUGUUGAAUGAAUUCUGUAGUUGUACUCUAUUUUCCUUUUUUCUUUUUUUCUUUUUUUUUUUUGGAACAACAGAUUGUACCGCAUUUUCUAGUCACCGUAUCAAACAACAAAAUCAGCCAAUAUUU